CUGCGCUUGGGAAGAUGUCGCGCCCCCAGAUCAUCCACAGCGGCCACUUCAUGGUGUCGGAGCCCCACGCCGAGCCCGACCCGGACCCAGAACCCGACCCCGACUCUGAGGCAGCGGCGCUGAGUCCGGCAGGCCAAGUUGCUCCCCGGCUGCCUGGGUCUGGUCCGGGUCCGUGCGCGGUGGGGCGAGGGAGAAGGGCCUGCCAAGGGGGGAGGGCCGAUGAAGGGGCCCAGCAGACCACCUACGACUUCGACACGGUGAGCGAGGGCACGUGCCUGACAUACCGCUACGGGCCGCGAAGCAGCGGAGCUCUCAACAUCGACGCCUCCCUCACCAAGCUCUUCGAGUGCAUGACGCUCGCCUACAGUGGGAAAAUUGUCUCUCCCAAGUGGAAAACCUUCAAGGGGCUGAAAUUGCUACAACGUGACAAGAUCCGGCUCAAUAAUGCCAUCUGGCGGGCCUGGUAUCUACAGUAUGUGGAGAAGCGACAGAACCCUGUGUGCAGUUUUGUGACUCCAUUGGAGUGCAGUGAUGUUGUAGAUGAGCACCGCAAGCCGGAGGCUGUCAUCAUGGAAGGAAAGUACUGGAAACGCCAAAUUGGUGUUGUUAUUAGGGAAUAUCGCAAAUGGAGGGCAUUCUCCCAUAAGCGAGUCCAGAAGUCAACAGAUGAACCAGUGUAUGGGCCGACUCAGGAAGUAGCUGAUACUCUUCCAGGGGUAGAACUGAACAGUGAGAUGACCGUUGGAAGCCCGAUGGAGCUUGACCCCUUGAAUGAGCUGGAUGCACUUCUGGACACCCUCUUCUCUAGCCGCAACCCUUAUGGUGGUCCCAACCUACGUGGCCUUGCUCAUCAGGGCAAUGCAGACAUGAUCCAGCCCACCUUGACUCAGCUGCACCCCAGCUUUGGAGAGGAGUUCAUGACCUUGGAUCCCAUUCAUGACUUCAUCAAUUCUUGUCGCCCUCAGCCAGCAGUCCAGGCUCCCUCACUGCUGACAGAUGCUACUGCCUUGGGUCAGUGUGGCCCAGAUGUGUCUCCCAUCACCUCUGGCACGAAGGAACUUCCAUCAUCUGGAGACUCUCUCAUCCCCAUCCCCAUCCCCAUCUCCCUGGAUGUGGAGCCAUCUAUGCAUCUAAAUGAACAGCAGACUUUCCUGCCACUCUUCCCCACUUCCCCACUGAGGAUCAGCCCUCCGCCGGCCCCUCCCAUCUUGCACAUACAGCCUCAAACCACCUUGGUCUUCUCUGUCAUCACCCACACCGGAUCAGAAAAAACUUUGCCAUCCACAUCUGGGGGCACGUUUGCUGUGCCAACCUCUGCUGUUGUAGCCAAGGGUGGGAGGAGCAGACACCUGCAACGGAUUGCUCCGGCACCUUCCUCUAGUAAUCAGGCAGCACCUCCCAGUGCCUCUCUCGCCCAGCUGCUUACCACUGGUCCUGCCCCACUGCCCCUCACUCCAGUCACGAAUGCUGCACAGGUGUGUAGCACCUCAAAGUUUCCUGCUAAUGCCCUACUGCGCUCAGUCUCUGCAACAGAGAAGUCUCCAUUGCCUGCCUCUGUUGCUGCUUCCUCUGACCCGGGGGUCCACACCGAGAGAGCUGAGGACACAAAUCUCUGCAAUACCCAGGAAAUCUACAGACAUUCCACUGCCAAGGGAAGCCGCAGAUCAACUUUUGUUUCUGCUGACUACACUCGACGUAUGGUCAUCAGCUCGGGUUUCAACACUCUUGCCAGUUUGGUGCUGCCACGAUCAGAUCAGGCCAGCGCUAAGCUCAGCAAAGCGAUGCUUCUGCAGAAGAGUGUAGCAUAUGUGGGAAGACUGCAGCAUGAACGCCGACAAACUCAGGAGAUGAUGGAGAGGCUGCGUCGUGAAAUUAAAGAGCUAAACACUGCCAUUCAUGAGUUCCAGCGCCAACUUCCACCCAGCGGAGCUCCUGUGUUACUGCCACAAUCAGACAAGGCUUCUCAACUCUAUGAAGAGUAUGUGCGUCAGCGCACCUUGAACAACUGGCGCUUCUGGCUUUUCAGCACUGUAAUCAAGCCGCUGUUUGAGAGCUACACCAGGACAGUGAGCACAAGCAACAUCAAGGAAUUCUGCCAGUCAGUGUUGAGCUGGUUGGAGCAGCACUGCACCCUGCCCCUCUUGCGCCCCGCUAUCUCUGGCUCCCUCCUGCAGCUCAGCAAGAUCACUUCCAUACUGACUCAGCCAGCCCGCUUGCCUGAACAAGCUCUGCAAGCUGUCUCUUGCCCUCCACACUGCAAGGGCAACAGCUAGGAUGAAAGUUGGGUCCAGUCAUGCAUGGACAUCCUCACAUUUCCUCAGGUGCUGCCAAGAAGGCCUACAGCAGUGGGCUUAAACUCAGGACUUCCUUCAUGACGCAAAUAUGAAUAGUAGUUUUCGUGACAGUAUUGGGGCCAAAAACUCCAAAGUGGGGAAUCUCUCUGGGGAUUCUCCUUGGUGCUGGCCACCUCUUGACUCCCUUCCUCUUGUAGAACAAUCUGUGGACUUCAGGUCAUACAGUGGGAGAUGUGGAAGCACAAGACAAGGCGCAGAACCUGAAAGCCUAUUAAAUCCCCAGAAGAACCAGAAUACCAGGCUUUGGCCUUAUUCUCUCAAAACUUGGGUGGCAGGUAGCUAUGGAGAGAUCCAUGUGGCCUCUGUUUCCCCACCAGAGGGCAGUGAAAGAGCAUUUAUAGGACAUCUCAGUGUUACGGAGAGAUUCUUCUCGCUGUCUAACUUUUGGCUGUCUUCCUGAUGAAUUUAAAUGUUGACUGCUGGCUGACCCUGGGAUGCGCAUUACUGCUUCACAGAAAUCUUUUGAUUCUGGCUUAGGAAAUCCCAGUGCAUUACAGGCUGGUGGCACAUCUUACCUAUGCAACUUGUAUCCAUGAGCCUUCUGUUAGAUGCAGACAAACUAUUCUAGCACCUCCUGAGACAGAAAUGGACCACCUGUUAGUGCUCUUCAGAGUUGCCAGUAUACAGGAUAUUGAACUAGAAAGGUCAUGGGCCUGAUGCAGCAGGGCUGUUAUGUUCUUAAAAGCCACAUCAAGCCCAAAUGUCCUUGUUGACUAGCUACAGACAGUGAGGCCCAAAUAAGAAAAUUGGAGUUACCGUGUUAUGUGUUGUGGCAGGCAGCUGACCCUGCCUGUUUGUGUCUUCUCAUUGCUUAUGUAUGGUGCUGAUGCUUCUGGUUUGCUUAGGGAUCUAUGUUAGCUGAAGAGACUGCAACACAUACAUACGUAUGGUCAGUGGCAACAUACAGCCUGGCUGGCCCUUUUGCUGUUUGACAAGCUUCCAACAAUGAGGUUUGCUGCAGAAAGGAGCUCAGGGAAUCAGUGUUGCUUACUCUACCAUGUAAUUAUCCACAGCACUUAAGCUGUUUUCAAUCCUGUGGGAUUUCCCCAAUUGAUUAUUUUAAAAAGAGAAAUUGCAUGAAGAUGGAAAUAUCCCCCCUCCCUUCUAUUUCAAAGGAAUAUUCUGUGAACACCCUGGGAUUUCCUGUGUUCCAUGUUCCAAAGGUUAUAACUCUGUCUCUAAUAUGCCUCUACAAUGCAUUUGAAUGAUUUUUAACAAUUAUUUACUGAUAGUAAGCUCAUUCUUAUAGCUUUCUUAUUCACUGUUGUACUUUCCUGAAAUGAUGAUUUUUAUAUAUACUACCAUCAACUUUCCUCUUUUUUUUUUUACACUUUUAUAGAGAGAUUUUUAUUUCGUAUUGCUGCUAUUACAGGUUUUAAACAAAUACAACUUGAGUAUUGAUAUUCUUGAUCCAUAA